UCUCGUGCGUGAUGCGCCAAACUUUCGUGGUAAAGUGUUUGUUCCGACUUACACAAUGCAGGACCCAUCGCGUGGAUUUGCUGUAGGAACGGAUCCUUUGGCAGACUACAAUCCUUUUGGCAAUCCUUUUGCCAACAACCAAACUGCAGCCGCAUCUGUGGACCCAAAAACCAAAGACCAUGGCGCCAGCAAGCCUCCUUCUGUUCACGUUGCCCCAGUGAUAUCUCCAAAAGAGACUAAGAAACAGACACCCCAACAGCAGGUGUCUAUGUCUGCUGAAGAUUUUCUGAAACGCCAAGAGGAACUCGAGCGAAAAGCCCAAGAGCUACAGAAGCGAGAAGAAGAAUUGCAAAAGAAUGCAUUAUUCAAUGCGAAUAACAAGGCUAAUAAUUGGCCGCCUUUGCCCAAAAAGUUUUGCGUCGAACCGUGCUUUUAUCAAGACAUUCAAGUCGAAAUCAAAGUGGAAUUUCAACCGAUCGUUAACUUGAUUUACUACACUUGGCUGUUGCAUGCCCUUUUGUAUCUAGUGAAUGUUGGAGGCUGUCUAGCAUUAUUCAUUCAGAUGGGAGAGGGAACUAUGUUUGGCUUGUCCAUUCUUUACUGCAUCCUUUUCACACCUGCCUCGUAUAUUUUCUGGUUCAGACCAGCGUACAAAGCAUUCAAAUCGGACAGCUCCUUCAAUUUCAUGGUGUUUUUCGUCUUUUUCUUCUCCCAGUUGAUCGCCACUAUUAUUCAAGCUGUCGGCAUUCCUAAUUUAGGAACUUGUGGAUUCAUAGUUGGGUUGGCUGCAGUUGGUAGCCAAGAAAGUUCCGGAGACUUGGCUGUUGGAAUUAUAGUAUUGAUAAUUGCUUGCGGUUUUGGAUUGGUCGCAUUCGGAGAUUUCCUUCUCCUUGUCCGAGUUAGCCGACUUUACCGCAGCACGGGGGCUUCGCUGUCGAAGGCAAGAAGUGAAUUCACUUCCGGAGUGAUGGGCAACGAACACGUCCGUCAAGCUACUACGGAUGUGAUCACCAACACCGUUCGAGUUCAGAUGGAUAACAUUGGGUUCUAGAUAACAGAUAAUCAGUUCACUUUCCCUGUUUAUUUUUCCUCGUUCGGCAUCCAGACUUACACUAUUGGAUUUAUCAAUCUACCUAUGUUUGUUUUAAAUUUUGCAUGUAUAAUUUAGGGAGCUAGGUAUAUCAGGUAUCAGCUGGUUGAAUAUAUAAUUAAUACUGCACAAGCGUUGUUGGGAAAGAAAUGAGAUCAUUUCUAAAUUUGAGAGAAACCCGAGGCAUCGGGUACGAUUCGCUUGGAUAAUGUUUCGGAAAUUUGAGGCAUUCUCUAAAAUACACAUUCGAUUCAAUUAA